AUGCAGCCGACGAGACGAACAAUACAGUCACUCCGGAACACAUCCACAAGCCAGCUCGCUCAGAGAUUCCCAUCAGCAAGCCCCAGCAGAUUCGAGCCACAUGCGGAUAAUCACCAAGUGACAAACCAUCAGCUCCUCAAGAAGCGGAAAGACGAAGAGAAGAAACUCAGGAAGAUCGGCGUCCUACCUAGCCACGUCAAACCCAAACCCAAACCUACCGAAGUGAUCAUCAGCAAAAUAGCCCAAGAAAAAAAACAGCGCAAACUGCUCGAAGCGUCCAAGCUCCAAAAUAUCAAUAGCAGUAAAAAUGUUAAGAAUUCUAAGCGAGAGUUGGCGGUUCCUUCCGCCAUUACCGUCGCCCAACUAGCUCAAUUAACACACCAGAAACUGUAUAGAUUACAAUCAUUGAUGCAGUCGGCAGGCCUAUUGGAUACCAGGCCGGACCGGAUCUUGAGCACGGAUGACACGGCAUAUCUAGUACUAGAAUCAGGGUAUGAGCCUAUCGUGAACGACACGUUGGCCUACGACAUAUACCCAGACCCGACGAGUGCGGACCGGUCGAGGCUGCCGCUACGGCCACCGGUGGUGUGUAUCAUGGGCCAUGUGGACCACGGAAAGACGACACUACUGGACGCGCUACGGAAGACGGCUGUGGCGGCUUCGGAGGCCGGGGGAAUCACGCAACACAUCGGUGCGUUCGAGGUGUCGUUGAAAGACCUGAUGCCUGGUCAAUCUUCCGGCGAGGGUCCGGAGACGAUCACCUUCCUGGACACGCCAGGACAUGCGGCGUUCAGUGCGAUGCGCAGUCGGGGGGCCAUGACGACCGACGUGGCCGUCCUGGUCGUCGCAGCGGAUGACGGAGUGAAGCCACAGACGAAGGAGGUGAUCGAGUUGGUCCGCCAGACCGACAUCGGCGUAGUAGUUGCCAUCACCAAGUGCGACAAGCCUGGGAUCGAUCUCCACCGGACUCGUGCAGGGAUCUAUGAGGCGGGGAUCGAAGUGGAGGGCUUGGGCGGGGAGGUGCCUUGUGUGGAGGUGUCGGCGGUCUCCGGAAAAGGCCUCGCCGAACUCGCGGAGACGAUUCUGGCGGUCGCCGAAGUCCGCGACCUUCGUGCGGAACACGACGGAGUCCGUUUCGAGGGCCGGGUGAUCGAGUCGGACGUCGAGCGUGGACACGGGAACAUGGCCUCGGUGAUCACCCUCCGCGGGCGUCUGCAUGUCGGGUUGGACAUCAUAGCUGGUCGGGCGUACGGUCGGGUCCGCCAACUGAUCACGGUUUCUGGUGAGCCCGUCUCCCAGCUCUCGCCGGGUCGACCGGUGCGGAUAACUGGAUGGAAGAGUCUGCCCGAGGCCGGCAGCCUUGUGCUCGGGGUCGAGUCGGAAGAGCAGGCCAAGCGUGCCUGCGAGAACCGGGUGCUCCGGUUCGAGGAGCUCGGGCUGGCGGAGCAGAUCGAGCUUGUGAACGAACGACGAGCCCAGGCUCGGGAGGCCUUCGAGACCGGCAAGGCCGAACUAGAGGGCAUGACGCGACGCGAACGGCUCACCCAUCUCCGCGAACGCAACCAACAGGCCUCGGCACAGGCCAAGGCGGACUCGCGCAAGGAGCAAGAAGCCCCAGACUGUCUCAAGAUCGUCCUCAAGGCCGACUACACGGGCACGGUUGAGGCCGUCCGAACGGCCAUCGAGGGCCUCGGGAACAACGAGGUAAAGGUCAAGAUCGUCAGCUCGGGCGUUGGAAACAUCUCCGAGAGUGACGCCAGAAUGGCCAUCGCCUCGGGCGCUAUCCUUGUUGGCUUCAACGUCAAGAUCGACCCAAUGGCCUUCAGCCCGAUCGAGACGCAUAAAGUCAAAUACACAAUCGAAUCAGUCAUCUAUCGUCUCAUCGAUAGCAUCACCAAGGAUCUUAUUCAGCUCCUCCCUAAACGGUUCAAGGAACGCGUCGUCGGCGAAGCUAAAAUCCUCCAGAUCUUCGAAAUCAACGGUCCGGCUCCCUCCAAGGGGUCUUCCAAACUCAAGUCUAAGGUCGCUGGAUGCAAGGUUUCUAACGGAGAAAUCAAGAAAACUUGCUUCAUCAAGAUUCUCCGGAAUAAACAAGUGAUUUGGAAAGGUCAAAUCAAGGACCUAAAGCAAGGAAAGAAGGAGACGAGCGUGGUUCUGAAAGGGCACGAGUUUGGCAUUUCGUUCAAAGAGGCGGAGCAGCCGAUCAUGACGAGCAUCGAUGAGAGCGGCGCCACCAGCAACAGUGCCAAAAACGAGGAGAGUGGCCUGGCCGGGAGCGGGAGCGGGGGACAGGUGUUUGAUCGGUUCGAAGUCAACGACGAGAUCCUCGCUGUCGACGAAGUUCCUAUCGAACGCUCCUUGAACGACGGCUUGUGA